AUGGCUCAAGGGUCUAGACUAUGCUUUGCAGUGGCUAUUUUGAUGUGUGUGUUUGUCUCCAUCAAUGGGGUGGGUCUGAAUGAUUUGCUGGAUAGAGCUUCUCAACUUUCAGACAAGCUUCACUAUCUCAGCACCUCCCUCACAAAUGACCUGGAUUCUCACUUCCCUCCUAUUGGAAGGGGAAUGAUGCCGCGCCCAUCCAUGUGCCACACGUCAUCUCUUCAAAUCCCUAAUGACAAAGACCAAGCCAUGAAAGUGCCGGAGGAUGAGCUGUUGUCUUUGGCUCGGUCUCUGCUGUUGGCGUGGUCUGAUCCGCUCGCCCUGCUCUCCUCUGAGGCGUCCAGUCUGGCACAUCCAGAACGCAACACCAUUAACAGCAAGACCAAAGAGCUGCAGGACAACAUCAACAGUCUGGGAGCAGGCCUGGAGCACGUCGUACACAAGAUGGGCUCAUCCUCUGACAACCUGUCCACUCUCCCGUUUUACGGCAAUAACCUUGGUCAAGAUAAAACGGCUCGACUUAUCAAUUUCCACUUCCUGCUGUCCUGCUUCCGCAGAGACUCCCACAAAAUUGACAGUUUCCUCAAAGUCCUCCGCUGUCGGGCAGCCAAGAAGAGGCCUGAGAUGUGCUAGAGUGAAAACACUGCUCUCUGCUGCUCUCUGUGUGAAUGUUAAUUUAA